CGCGACGCCGCACCAACGGACGGGGGGCCUUCCCAAGCUGGCGGUCGCCGUGUCGCCUCGCUCUGAUGCUGUCACUGCUGCUGACCGUCGCUCUGAUGCUGUCACUGCUGACCGUCAGCACCGCCACUCCGCCCGACGCUGCGGCCUGGCGUCCCAUCCGCACACUCCUCGAGAACUGGCAGUUCACGACGGAGUACGCCAUCAGCAUUGGCACCGCCGACCACGGCCAGCUCUUUGUGUACGAGUCUGGCAACUUCACGAUGGACCAGCAGAUUCCGACAGGCUCCACCUCCAAGUGGCCUUCGGCUAUGAUGUUUGCCGGCCUGGUGGGCGACGGCACGAUUCGCUCGCUCGACGAUCCGGUCCACGAGUAUCUUCCGUACUGGACCAAGCAUCCGCUCGACGCGCGCUCGCACAUCACUCUCCGCCACCUGCUGACCUUCACCUCCGGCUUCGGCGACGGCCACCCCGGCUUCGAGUUCAACACUCGUGCGGCGAGGGCGUGGCGCGCGGGCCGCACGCCGCCGCGUAACAACAUCAGCAGGGAGUGCGACCUGGAGAGCGGCGACACCGCCAAGUGCGCGCAGUCCAUCUACUCGGGAGUCAAGCUGAUCGGCGUCCCCGGACACGUUUAUUCGUACAACAGCAACCACCUCCAGCUCGCCGCCGGCGUCGCCGUCGCGGGGAGCGGCCUGCCGAUCAAGGAGGUGGUCCGCAGGUACCUGCUCCAGCCGUUCGGGCUGACGGAUUCGUACUACGAGGGGCGAUGCCCCGACUUUGCGGGCUCGCUGGUGACGACGGGCCGCGACUACGAGCGCUUCCUGCACUCGCUGCUGUCUUACAGGCGGCACCCUUCGCCCGCCCUGAUCCUCGAGUCGGAGAGGGACGGGACGCCCUUCCUCUCGGACCAGUACACGCUCUACGGGAACUAUGGCUUCGGCGCGCGCACACACACCACCUCCGCUGCCCGCAGCCACUUUCUGAUGUGCUUUGACUCGGCGGGCGGCUACACUGACGCGUGUGCCGACGCUCGCUCGCACUUCGACCCGGGCGCUUUCGGCUUCAUCCCGGUCCUCGACCGCAAGUUCGGCUUCUACCUCAACCUCGUCGCCGCGGAGACGGCGCCCACCGGCUCGUACCCCCUCUCGGGCAUACCCGAGUACCUUGCCGUCGGCCUCAAGCCGCACGUCGAGGCGAUCCUCUCGCAGCGGCCACCGCGGGCGGAAGAGCACUUGCACCACAACCCGGCCAUCGCCGGCCUCUCCCUCGCCGACGUCAACUACGCGCUCGGCUGCCGGCUUCACCCGGACUCCUGCGCCUGAGUGGCCCUCCCGACGCCACACCAGAGCUGCGAGAGGCGCCGCUCUCGAGGGGAUGGGCGGCCGCGCCGCGGGGAGAGGCGCAGACUGAGACGGAGCGGGCGCGCUGUGAGCAGGGCUCAUCCCGGCGUCCGGCGACUUCGAGCGACUGGCAGAGACUUCAAAGUACGUAGAGAGUGUGCAUAGCAUGUUACGUAGGUACACAUGUGCAUGCACAUGUGAGUAUGUAUCCGAGGCGAGACAGGUGGAUAUGUUUCAUUAUUCAUGUACAGCCUUCGUACCUUCUUUGUUGUUUGUAUCGGCUAUCGCGCGUCUUU